AUGCAGGGCUUAGCCCCAAAGAGUACCAUACCUAAAGUUAUGGUGCGUGUACACAAGUCUGGCUUGUUGGUCGCCGAGGCGAAAAUUAAGGGCUUCGAGAAGCCUUGGUCGAUAUUGAUCGAUUCUGGAGCGUCUUGCAAUUAUACUCGAUGCCGUUCCCUUGAGGGAAGUCAGCGUUAUGCUGAGACGCUUACAGCGCAUGAGGGUGAUUCUAUCACGGUUCGUUUAGCGACUGGAAGUCGCGUAACGGUGCCUAAAGUUCCAUUGAACUUAGGUAUAAAGUUUUUAGACUUUGACAGUAUUGAGCGCUGUCUUGUCCUAGAUUUAGACUCGAGAUAUGAUCUCAUCCUAGGUAUGGCUUGGCUUGAGCGCCAUGAGCCAUGGAUUGAUUGGAGGUCUAAGACCUUAGGCGCUACGCGUAAUGCUCCUAGCGAAGCUUUGGAAAGUCAUGAACCCACCUUUGCUAGGAAACAGAAGCGCUAUUGGCGCGAGCGUUUGACAGAAGAUGUCAAUGUGCUGGAUAUUGGAAUGUUUGAGUUAUUUAACUCCAACGUUAAAAACGUAAGUUUCGAGCCUAGCUCGUCUAAAACUAGUGAAACGGCACGUACUCCGUUGAGUGGUACUCGUUGUGAUAACGAGUCACUGCAUGCUGAAAGCAUGGUUGGCCUAGGGCCGAGUGAUCAAGGAUGUGAUUCCUUUGAUGUGUGUAUGGAGGCACGUGAAACUACACCGAGUGCGGUCGGCCGUGAGAGCACCGCACUGAAUGUCGGUAAUGACAUUUUUGGCCAUAUGCCAUUUAGUGUGGGCGGCCGUGAGGGCACCACGCUUAGCGCCGGUAAUGGCGUUGUUGGCGAUUCGCCAUAUGGUGUGGGCGGCCGUGAGGGCACCACACCUAAUGUCAGUAAUGACACUGUUGGCGAUACGCCGUAUAGAGUGGACGGCCGUGAGGGCACCACACCUAAUGUCGGUCAAGACAAAAGCUCUCGUGUAGAGCGUACUAUGGUUGGUAGUAACCAUGGGGACAAUAUUGUCCCGACCCCUAAGGGGUGUAAGGUCUCGAAGAGACAAUCGAGACGCCGAGUAGCAGCUGUAAAGCGCCAGGCGUCCUCACAGUGA